UUAUUGGGAGUACGUAGAGCCUUGCCGAGUGAACAUUGAGACGCAGACUGAACCAAUGGACAUCAGUCCAAGUCCUGAACCGAGCCCACGUAUCGUUAGUCCCACUGACAGCAUGAAUGGCAACCUACAGUUUACUCAUACUGACGAAAGCUGUUACACAGAAGAGAGAAACGGGAACGAGAGGCUGAGCGAUGACGACAUCUUGGAGAGUCUCGGCCGCAAAGUGAGCGAGAUUUUGAACAACGGCAACGGAGCCAGGCUGGCUGAGGACAGCUCCGACCGAGAAGAUGACGAUUUGCCACGGCUUGGCUCUUACAGCUAUGCGCUCAAACGAAAGAGCAUCGGACGCAGGCCGAUCGGGCCAGGCUGUAGAGCGCGACGCGCGAAGCUGGUGAUGCCUAUCCAGAUGUCGGACGAGGAGAACACAUCUGAGAGGAGUCGCGCAGCCUCCAGUCGGUCCUCUACCUUGGAGAGUCUGCCAGCUGUCAAGAGACCGGCCAGUUGCAUCACGUCGGAGUCUUCAUCGGAAUCUGAAGAUGCCAGUGAGGCUACUGUAGCAUCACAGCUUUAUCAACUAAAAAUCAAUGACUCCGAAACUAUUGCAUAGUCGUCACCUCUCAACAUUCCGCCAUUUUAUUUGAGUGUGAGCGAGAACGAAAGAUGAAUGAAAAGAGUGCGUGAAUGGAAGAGAACUACGUUAGAAAAAUCAUUAUUAAUUUUUCCAUCGUUGUUUCUGUACUAAAUUUUCAAGUAAAAAUGAAAAUAUUCUUAAUUAAGUUAGGCUAGAUUUUAUUGACAACUACAGUUAAUUCGUCCAAGAUUGGAUCAAUGCAUGCAUGUUCAACGAAUGUUUUUUCGUAUGUAAGUUGUAAAUUUAUGUUCUCAUUGUUACUAGUGAUAAGUAUUUUUUAACAGACUGUUUAAUUGAAACUGAAUGAACGAAACCAUGACAUUAUUCUACUAUUAGCUUAGUUCAGCGGAAAAUAUUUUUUAGAAAAUCGUCGUACUUAGAUUGUUGAGUACAGUACGGUACUUACAAAAAUAGAUUAAUAGAUCGUUACUAGUGAUACUGUACUCUUGUUAUGUCCAUUGAAAGUGUCUUCUAUUCUUAUGCUGAUUAAGUUUAGAAACUCGUGUAUGAUGUAAAGUUGGGUGAAUUGAUAAGUAUCCAUAAAAUUUACAAGCAAUAAUUAUGAUAUAAGAAACUCUUAACAUUAACCUGUAUUCAAGUAGACGGGUGCAAUAAAUACAGGCAUGCCUAACAUAUUUGAUAAAUUAAAGUUAAAGAUCUAAAUUUGAUUUUUAAUAUUUCUAAUUUUGACACUCAUAUAUUUUCAAUUGAUAAACUAUUCAUAAUUCACUAAUCAUCGAUUGAUUUUAAAAAUUAUUGAUUAAAACAUACUAAUAUGUAAAAAUACCUACCAAUUUAAAAUUAAUUUAUAAACGUUUUAUUCUUUAACUUAUGACGGAAUUAAUACAUUUCUAAUUAUUCUAAUGUGCUCAGGGAUUUCUAAAGCAAUCAUAGUAACUGAUAGGAAUAACUUUGAACUGCCAAUUAUUUUAUAAAUAAUAUUAACUAACGCGUUCCUCCACUGUUGAAAUUUUAUGUAGUUAUACGAGUAAUACAAAACAAUAAAGUUAAAAUUGAACGAUUAUGAAUAUUUUUGUUGUUAAAAUGGUUCAUUCUCAUAUUUGACUCUCAGGAAUAAUAUUAUUAUGGAUGCUUAUUGAUUGCUCAACUAUUAUAAUGUAUUAUUAUCUAAUAAAAAAUUGAAAUAUAUUUGGCUGGUUGCACAAACAUCAGUCAAUUUUUGAUAGACGGUCAUCCGUUACAAAUUGAUUAGAGAUCAACCUUGGUUGGCGUUUAUACAUCCGUCAAUUUGUAUUUUUAUCCAGAAAUCGUGAGAGAAAUGGGAUUAUUUCUAAGUGUGUACAUGUCGAGUAUUUGUUGCAAGUUGGUAGUAAACGCAAUAAUGUGAACUUGUACACCAUUUGUAUUAUUAUUAUUUUUGUUUUUUACAAAACGUAAGAACCUAUCUAUUUUUAAGAGAUAAAUUGCAGAUUGAUUUAAGGUUUCUGAUUGCGAGGAACGGAACAAAUACUAAGGAACUCAUACUGAGUUGAAAACAGAGAUUUGGAAUUUAACCAUUUUUGUAGUUGAUAUUUUUUCAAAAAUAGUCUAUUAUUUUUGUCAACUGACUGAUGUGUUGAAGCAAACUAUUUUGUAUAACUGUAGUUGAAACUAUACAGGAUAGUUUCUAUUGAAACUAUACUGACUUCAUUAGAAAGAACGGUUGUAUCUUAAUGAAAAUUUGUUGAAAAUACUCAACAACGUUGAUAGAAUUGAACAAAUUGAACUGCUGGUUUUUCAUAGAAGAUAUUAUAUACAUCACAAAUCCAAGAAAUUAAGAUUUUUAGAAGUCUAAUUACUGGUUGCACUAGCAACCAUUUAGGCCUACGUAUAUAUUUUUAAAAUUAUACUGCAGAGCAUAUUUCGAGAUGUUUCUUUGAAAUACUGAAAUCUGGAAUUUCUUUGUGAUCAUCCUACAAAUUUCGUCCAAGUUCUAUUAUCAGCAAGUUAUUUUUUGUUCUAUCAAAACCGGUACUGAGCAGCUUUAAAAAGCGACACGUAUCCAAUUAUUUUGGCUUGCAGCUUAUACAAAAUUGUGUAUUUGAAUUUUCAAAUAGGCUACCUAGAUGUUAGACCUGUCAUUCAAAAAUCAAAGAAUUGUUAAUAAUUAUAAUGAAUCAAUAACCUUGUUCCAAAUGUACAAAUCUGAGAAAUGAUUUUUAUAAGUAAUAAAGAUGAAAUUGUCAAAUCAAA